AAAAAGAUUAUAAAAGAGGGCAUAAUAAUCUAGGUAAAGCAUAGAGAAGCCAUAAUAAUCAAAGAGAAUUGAUUCUUUCUGAUAAUAAUAUCAUAAGAACGUCAUCAUAAGUUCAUUUAUAAGUGACAAAUGAAGUGAAGUGAAGUUGUGAAUGUUCUAUGGUUAUUAUGACUAUAUUCUAUUAUGACUAUAUUCUACCCAGGAAUACAUUUUUGGCGCACCAUCACAUAGUCUUUUCCACAGGCGGUGCGAUUCUUUCGAUACGAGAUACCGAACCAUACUCGACUGGUGCACCUGUGCUCAAUCUAUUCGGCAUACCGCUUUGUCAACAGCAGAACACACCCCGGGCUAUGAUACAGUACCAGACCGGCGUUUUGCCGGGCGAAUGCUGGGCCUUCAAGGGCAGCAGCGGCAGCGUGGUGAUUCGAUUACUCGGCCAUGUGCAUGUGUCCGGAGUUAGCCUUGAACACAUCUCUUCAUUGAUAUCCCCUACCGGGGAAACUGCUACAGCGCCAAAAGAUUUUUCCGUUUGGGUGAGCGGUUUGUCAGAUCUGGAUGAUAAGAAGCCUUUCUCAUUUGGCAGUUUUAUGUAUGAUAAUACUGGUUCGCCGUUGCAAUACUUUGAGGUCCAGGUAGAACACAAUAGGAAUCGAGGAAAAAAAGCAUACGAUAUAAUCGAGGUGAAAGUACAUUCUAAUAGUGGUAAUCCAGAGUACACAUGUAUCUACAGAAUACGGGUGCAUGGAACACUUAGUGAAACGUAUCAAGUACGCGAAAAUCAUAUUUUUCCUAAAAUAUUUAUGCAACUGCCAGACUAUCGAUACGUGUGCAGCUGA